AUGGCAGCUGUGUUCUUCAUCCACAUGGCUUACUUUCAUCAGAAGCCAUGGCUUCCAAAGUCUUUUUUUGCAUUUGGUAGUUCAAAGUCAGCUAGUCUCUUCCUCACCCUCAACCUGCUCUUUCCUGCAUUCACCAGUGCCUGUGGCACUACUAGUACUAGCACAACCCCUAGCCCUAAGCCCCGUGGCAGCGGCAAAUGCCUCGUUGACACCCUCAAACUGGCCACCUAUGCCAAUGUGUGGAAUGGCCUUAUCACUGUUGCCAUUGGCAAGUUUCCGAAGCAGCCAUGUGAAUGCUGCACUCUCAUCAACGGUGUCAUUGACCUCAACACCACCGUGUGCCUUUGCGCUGCCCCGAAGGCCAAUGUUCUGGGCAUUCAUCUAGACCUCCCCAUCAAUCUCAGCUUGCUUUUCAACUACUGCGGCAAGAAGGUCCCCUCAGAAUUCCAGCGCUUGUAAUCCACAGAGACAUCAUCUCAGCAGUCUGUCCCUGUAGUUCUUGUGUGUUUUCUUUUUCUUACCUGUUUUGUGUAGCAGCUUCUUUGAUUUGCUUUGAUGUUAAAGCAGCAGGACAUGAAAGCAAAGACGAAGAGGUCUUGAUGUGGUGUCAAUUUGCUGCUGCUUGUAAUUUAUUUCUGGUUCUUAAUUCAAAGCUUGUGCAAUUUUUUGGGUCA